CAAGCAUUGAUCAAUCUCAAUUUAGUACAAGCUCAAUGCCUUCCUCAUUAUUCUGCUAAUAUCCCAGCAACCGCUCGAAAAUUCCCCUGACUCUCCUCACUGACGCACCAAUGGGAAGCGGCUCAUCAAAAUCUGUACAUCACCAGGCCAUACGAGAUCGCGAAGAUGAUAACCCUUUGUCAGAAGCCGCCUUAGCUAGGAGAGCCGAGGACAUACGCCGCUAUCGGUUUCCCAUUGAGUCGCCAGUCGACCAAGUUAUCCCAUUCGAGUACACGGCCUCCAUAUCGCCAGAUUCUCCUCCUCUUUUACCCACGCUGCCCCCCGAGCUCAUUGGGAAUCUAGUGAGCCUUCUAGACAACCGCUCAAUCAAGAAUCUACGCUUGACUUGCAGGCAUUUCAGCGCCAUCAAGUUACGCAUCAGCCGUGUCUUUCUCUCUGCAAACCCACUCAAUAUUCGCGUUCUUCGCUCUAUUGCCGACCAUGAUGUGUAUCGCCAGGGCAUUGUCGAGCUUAUUUAUGACGAUGCGCGCUUAUACCAUUCCCGUACUGAUCAAGGCGACAAUGCGCUUGUCAGAGACACAAAUUGGGUGGAUUUUGAUAGGCCAAUGACGACGUUGGAGUGGUUCCAGGGAGAACGGGAUCUGAAUCUCGGUGAUUUAGAGCACCGCGAAAGCACAGACGAGCCAAAUCGCCCCAAAGAUCUUAGAGUAUAUCGUCAAGUACAUGCCGAAUUAUCGCUAGAAGAAUCAUGGGCUUAUUACCAAGAGUUACUACGUCAGCAAGACGACGUCAUUGCUCGUGGAGCUGACGUUGAAGCUUUUCGAUAUGCCUUGCAGCAGUUUCCCGCCCUGCAAACAGUCACGGUUACACCAGCUGCUCACGGGUGGCUAUUCACUCCGCUCUACGAGACUCCCAUGAUCCGGGCUUUCCCCUAUGGAUUCAAUUAUCCAAUUCCACGCGGCUGGCCAGUUACUCGUUGUGGAGAAAAUAGCGAAAGACUCGCGCCAUGGGAAGAGUCAAAAACGCGGUGGCGCGGCUAUUGCCUACUUACAAAGGUUUUGGCUCAGGAACGACAGCAUCAUCGCGUCUCUGAACUUCGCAUUGACUCUCACCUUCUUCAAUCCGGCCUUAGUUGCCGCCUCUUCGAGCAGUCAUCCCAGGAGUAUUUAGAUUUCAUCACUUGCCUCCAACACCCCAAUAUGAAAAAGUUGCAUCUGUCCCUUUAUGUGGACUUUCAUUGGACAGCUUUUCGCCGCAACCUCUUGCGAAACGCCUUGGCAAAAACUUCACAGCUAGAGCAUUUCAGCCUAGAAACUGGCAUGGACCAUACCAGCUACGAUCCCAACGAUGAUGACAACCAUGCAUGGCCGCCAGGAUUGAAAGCGUUUCUUCCUGUUAAUUGCUGGACAGGGCUACAGCAUUUUCGGUUAUGGAACGUUCCAGUGAAUUCCACUGAUUUGAUCUCAACUCUCUCACAGCUCCCUGCAUUACAGUCACUUGAACUGGGGUUUUUAUUCUUACAACCUGGAACCCAGCAUGAGUUACUCGAAAAAAUGCGCGACACUCUGCGUUGGCAUGAGCGACUCACGCAUCCCAAAAUCAGAUUUGCUGUACCUAUUCCCUUUGAUCUUGUUCAAGGGCGCGCCAUUUGGAUUGACGAAGAAGUUGAGAAGUUCUUGUAUCGUGGUGGCGAGAACCCCUUUGAGGAUAUAGGAUACGAUGAGGUUUGCUAUGAUAUGGGAGUUAUAAAAGAUGCAUACGAUCCAGAUUGACGUCCCGAUGAACUCUGAGGCAAAGAGUGCUACAUACUACUAUCAUUACUAGUAGUUGAAUCAUAGAUGGCAGAUCGUGGAGGCCCCUAUUUGCGCCGCCGCUCUUCUCGUUAGGACUGUUAGUAGCGUCGAUACAGAUAACACUGCAAACCGAACCUACCCAACGAGUAAUGCAAUGAACUCAUCAAUAGCUCAAAAUACACCCAUGGAUGAUAUACACUCCUUAUUAGACGGAGUCAGGUCUCCUAUUGGGUCAUGCUCUCCUUUGCUACUAGACUUGACCUAUUUUUCUAUACUGUAUUCAAUAGUUUAUAUCUUUUAAAAAAAAAAAACAUGGCUAUACCUAGAGCUUCAAAACUU